UGUUAACCUUUCUUCUCCCUUAACCUUUCUUUUCCCUCUCCACCAUUUAAAAACUACAAAACAUUCAUUAUAAUAAUGAUCCAAAAAAAAAAAACUGACUAUACACACACAUUGUUAAUUAUAUAUAGUCCAAUUGAGUAACGUGAUCACCCAUCAGUCUCUCUUUGUCUCUCCAUCUAUCCAUCUCAUUCAAUCCCAUUGCAAAUCACAUGUAAGGCUAAUUCUCUACUUCUCGAUCUGGCUGUUCCAAUUACAUAUAUAGAACCAUGGGCGAAUGGGGCUCCCGCGUGUGUUCUCUCUUCUGCUUUCUGGUCACUCUGUUCGUGAUCUCAUCCAUCAUAUUUUUUCCUCAAGAGCCCAAAUUCACAAUCACUGAUGCUUCACUCACACAAUUCAAUCUCUCCGCCACCAACUUCAAUUCCAACAACAAGCUCUUGAUCUACAAACUUUCGUUAAAUGUCACCUUCCGUAACCCAAAUAACAAGGCUGGAUUUUACUUUGACCGAGUUAGAGUCAUCGCCAACUACAGGAAGAAGAGAUUUGCCUUAGUGACUUUGAACAACACGACGCCGUUUUACCAAGGCCGAAAGAACACCACCGUGUUGCAUAAUGUGGUUCUUGAAGGACAACAAACGAUGUCGUUUAAGGAAAAAGAUGAUGAACAUUAUGAGUUGGAAACUAGUUCUGGGGUUUACUCUAUUGAUGUGAAGCUCGCUCUUAAGUUGAGAGUCAGGUACGGUAAGAUCAAGACUAAGUAUUUCAAGCCACCCACCAUUAAUUGCAACAAUCUCAAACUUUCUCUUUCUAAUCAUAAUGAUCAUCGUGAGAAUGGUGGACUGAAUUUUAAGCCUGUUAAGUGUAAAAAUAUACAUAUCUUCACAAGUGGAACUACACCAGUUUAUCCAUGAUAUUAAUUAAUGUCGUUUAAUUAAUUGGUUAUUAGUGUAAUAUUACGAUUUUAUAUGCAACAUAUAUGCAAAUGUUUAUUUAAUUUGAUAUAUUAUUCCAUGAA